AUGAAGGGUACAUCCAUUUUUCAGUUCAAGUCCUGGCCUAAAAUCCAUCAACCCUUACCUCGUACUCCACGAGAGUCUCAGCAACUGUUAAAUGCCCUCACGUCUUCUUUUCGUCGCCAACUAGAUGGGGCUUAUCCCGCGUCAGGCAACAACCAUGGCCGGCCCCUCUCCAACCCUGAAUCAUCAGCGCAUGCAACCGAUCAGCAUUUGCAGAAUAUCCUCGACAAUCCGCUUUUCCGUAUUACUCCGACUAAACCCAUCUCACGAGAACCCACCACAUUGCAAAGCAUUGAGGGCCAGCGUCGACUAGCCGAAGAGCCCAUGGCCGUAUUUGAUCAAAUGGCUGCAGCUGGCUCAGUCACUACCCUCACAAUCAAUGAUUGUCUGAAGUCUCAACUUCUACUUUCCAGGUCCCCGGCCGAUAUGAAUACAUCUCGGGUUGCAUCGAGGAUCGUUGAUUGGUAUUGGGCAUCAGACGGCACAUCGAGGCAAAUGCUUCUGCGUUUGCGGUCAGUCACUACGUCGUUGACCAAGUUCAUGGUGGCAGAGGGAUUACACAGUACUGUUAUGAAGUGGUUGCAGAUGCUCAUGAGCCAGGACCUAGGUAGUCAGAAUGGCCGGAUGACUGAAGGGCUCGCGCGGCAGACGUUUAAUCAUCUCCUUGUUGAUUUUAUAGAUGCAGAAUUCUGCUUCGGAAAUGGCUUCAACUCAGCGAUGGCACAUUAUCUGAGUGUAUGCCAGAUGCAUUUCCAAAGUACUUCUUCCCAUAAGUCAAGGAAGCCGAUGCUCCUGGCUGCAGGCGCCCACCUGAGCCGUCUGGCCAUGGAGCAUAAACCAUCGGGGGAGCAGGUAUCAACACUAGUUUAUGAUCAGUUCAGAGAUACGGUUUCUGUGCUGUCUCCUCGGUCAUUACUGCUCGCAUCUGUGGCUGUCUGCCACCCAACAGAUCCUGAUCCACGCCCGUUCCUCCAAUUUGUGGAGAACCUCUCACCAAGCAAAUUCCAGGCCUGGAAUGAAACUAGGCGUGAUGCUUUCUUUGAGAUUGGUUCAGAGGCUCUCCGUGUCCUCGUUGACCGAAAGAGGUUCCGUGAUAUCUCACGGCUAGAGCAACAUAUUUCAGAACUGCUACCGGAACAGCCAGCAACUCCAGUCGCUGAGAAGUCACACACAUCGUCUGAGGAGGAACAUAUCGCCCGUCUAAACUGGAGCUUUACAUGA